AUGUGGCGCCGCGUGCUGGCCGAGUACGCGCAGGGCACCACACUGCACGGCUUCCGCUACCUGGCGCCCGGGCUGUGCGGGCGCGCCGCCAGACUAUGCUGGUUUAUCGCCAUCGCCAUAUCGAUAGUUUUCGCGGCGACCGCCAUCUCCGACACGUGGAGGAAGUACCGCGACAGCCCGACGACUACCUCGGUGGUCAGCACCAACUUUCCGCUCUACCAGAUUCCCUUCCCAGGGGUUACCAUCUGCCCAGCCAUCAAAGUGCGCAGGACCGUCGGAGAGAAGCUGCUAAUGAGGCAAGUAGCAAUUCAUUUAUUAGAAACAUUUGACUGUUCAGGAAAAUUGCAACAGUAUGAAUGUAAUUGCAGGUACCUGAACUUGUCAGAAGCAGACGAUGUGACGCGCCAGAAGCUGUACCACGUGAUGGCGGCGCUGGCGCUGGUGGAGUUCCCCUACUACUACAUGGUGCCUCUCUCCUUGGAGAAGGCCGGCGACCUCGUGGACAAGCUCAAUGACAUAAACAUCACGCGCUUCAUGAUGCAGACGCUGCCGAGAAUCGACGACGUAUUCUACGAGUGCUUCUGGCAGGGCCACAUCAACAACUGCUCCAACAUGUUCUUCCUGCAGCGCACCGAAGCUGGCUUCUGCUACGGUUUCAACUCACUCGCCGCAGAGAACACGAGGCAAUGCCCGGCAAUGUCUACGUACAAGGUGCCCACCGGGGCGACCGUGAACCGCGAUCCGUGCCAGAUGCGACGCAACAUCGCUUCAGGCCCCACGACGGGUCUCGAAGUCUUCCUCAAGUCGCUGCCCGAAGAAGAAUCUCUGGGCGAUGGCCAGAGGGACCGGAAUGGGUACAGGCAUAUAAUUAUUAUUCUGGACUACUGA